AUGGCACAGACACCAGGCCUAGGGAUCUCAGAGGAACUUACCAACGCUUUCUCGGGCGCCAUCACAUCCAAGAAUGUUCGUUUCCUCAAGAUCUCUAUCCGCAAUGAACUGCUGGUUCCCGAUGGCAUCAUCCCUCCCAUUGGCACCUUUGAGAACGACCUGAACAAGCUGCAAGAGUUGCUUGAAGAUAAUGUGCCGGCAUAUGUCCUCGUCCGGCUCGAUGAGCCAUCCUCAGACUGGAUCGCUGUGCACUACGUGCCAGACACGGUGACUGUGAAGGAAAAGGGAAUGAAGAUGCUCUACGCAUUAUUCCGGAACUCUCUCACCAAAAGUCUAGGGUCAACUUACUUCACCGAUACCGUCUUUGCCACAUCCAAGAGCGAUGUGUCUCCCGAAGGUUAUGCUGCACACAAGCGGCAUGUAGCUGCUCCAAAUCCUAUGAGCGCGCAAGAGAAAGAGAUGGCGGAUGUCAGAGCUGCUGAGCGACAAGCGGGCAGCGGCGCAUAUGAAGGGAAAGUUGAAGAUUCCAUCAAGGAUCUUGCGAGUGGUUCAGGAGAUCGUCUGGUCGUUUUGACGAUCGAUACUGCCUCGGAAACUUUGGUCCUUUCUACUGUCGCCGAAUCUAGUGCAGACGAUCUAAGCACAAAGAUCCCCUCGUCUGAGCCCGCAUUCGCAUUUUUCGCCUGGUCGCGAGACUCUCCGUACCGACAAAUCAUCUUCAUAUAUUCUUGUCCGUCCUCGUCACCAGUCAAACACCGGAUGCUCUACUCCUCUGGCUCAUCAAAUGUGUAUCAAACUGCCAAACAAUUGUUGCCCGGCGCGAAUCUUGCUCCGCGCAAGGUUGAAACAUCUGACCCCAGCGAACUUAACGCUGCAUUUCUGCAGGCAGAAGUGGAUCACAGCGGCGACACAAGUCGCUCCGGGACUGCGGGAGUUGCCCCGGAGGAGAAGCAGGCAUUUGCCCGACCAAGAGGGCCGGCGAAGAGACGUUGA